GGACACAGAGCUGUGAGGAGCACAAGUGAGCAAACUGUGAGCUAAAAGUCGAGGCGGGGCGAAAAUUAGUCGACAGCAGCCGUCUCUCUCUAUCUGUGAGUGUGUGUGUGUGCUCUCUGUCUCAAACAUUCUCGCCAACAUGCCUCAAGCAUGACAAUAAACUGGUUUAGCUGGGUGAAGGGGUAGAAGCAAUGUAACAGAAAACUUUCGACAAGUCCCACCUGGACUAGAAGCACGGCGCAGUUGUGGAGGAAAACAUGGUGAAGAAGGCAACAUGACGGGAUUAAAGUUUAACAUGGAAGUUUGACGAGUCAAUAACAGCGGGACUACAGUAUGGCACGACGCUCUCAGUGUUCCUCUGCUGGGGAUAACCCCCUGGACCCCAACUACCUCCCCCCUCACUAUCGGGAAGAGUACCGCUUAGCCAUUGACGCACUGAUUGAGGAGGACUUGGAGGGAUACUAUCAGUUCCUCCAAAAAGCAGAUGUGGUGGACUUCCUAUCCACACCUGAGAUUCACUAUAUCCAAAGCUCUGUCCAGGUCCCUCAGCAGAGCAACUACCCUGAACAACAUUUUCUGGAGACUGGGGGAGAUGGCUCCUCAGACACUUACUGGCCGAUUCACUCGGACCUGGAAGCCCCAGGCUUGGACCUUGGCUGGCCUCAGCUGCAUCCCUUCCUUGGACCCACAGAGGUCACCACUCUGGUCAACCCGCCUGAGCCUGACAUGCCGAGCAUCAAGGAGCAGGCACGACGACUUGUCAAGAAUGCUCGACAGGUGGUUGCUAUAGUGAUGGACAUGUUCACUGAUGUUGACAUGUUUGCGGAUAUUCUCGAUGCUGCCAUGAGGAACGUUGCUGUCUACAUCAUUCUGGAUGAGCAGAAUGCACAUCACUUUGUCCACAUGGUUUCCAACUGCAGAGUCAAUCUACACAACAUUCAACUUUUGCGCGUGAGAACAGUGUCUGGCAUCACGUAUCACUGCCGCUCAGGGAAAUCCUUCAAAGGUCAGAUGAUGGAUCGUUUCUUGUUGACAGACUGCAGGGCUGUGCUGAGUGGAAACUACAGCUUCAUGUGGUCUUUUGAGAAGCUCCACCGCUGUAUGGCACACCUUUUCCUUGGACAACUUGUAACGACCUUUGAUGAAGAGUUUCGGAUUCUGUACGCUCAGUCUGAACCGCUGGUGAUUGAAAAUGUCAAUCCAAUGGAAGAGUUUAGCCUUGUUCAGAAGAGGCAAUAUCCAAGUGAAAGAACAAUGUACAGAGAGCCAAAGAAAUUUCAGUCACUGGACACCGCUCAUCCAGAGGAAUGGCUGAGACAGUCCUAUGAUGAACGUAUGGAUAUUGAUCGGAGAAUGAUGCCUCUCAAAAAGCAGGAGUCCCUGCACGGCCCUGCAGAAAUGUACGGUAGAUUUCCAUCUCAGCAAUCUCGCAUGGAUCCUUCCUUUGAUCAGGGCCCCUCCAGGAUGCCCUUGAUGGAAAAUCUCGCCUUCAAACGUCACAGUUAUGCUGAAGGUGCUCAUGGUAGAUUCUCCUACCCAUUCUUGCAGCAACAGGGAAUGCCAGAGCCUGAGAACCAGGGAAGGCAGUUUCACAGGGGGCAGCAGCCUUAUCUAGGACCAGGAAAAGAAGCAGAUUACAGUACCUAUGACAAGUUCUGGAACCAAGACUUUCAAUCAGCAGAUCAGUACUCUGAACCUGGUUUCCCACAGGAGAUUGAACCACCUGAUAACUUUGACCCUGUGCUGAACUAUUUAUCAUCAACCAGAUUAGCAGACUUUGACCAGGGUUCAGAGAGAUUACCACCUGGAGCAGAUUUACCGUUUGGUUCAUCUCACCAUAGAAGACUGAGUUUGGGCAAGCUACGUGCAUCUCAAGUAUCUCCCACCCCCUCAAAUCCAGAUCAGAAGCCGUUAAUUCAGGAGCCGAACACAGAUCGCAAGGAUCCCAUGGUGAAACGGGGGCUAAGAAACUGGAGGAUUAGCUCCUACCUCAGUACAUAUGACAAUACAGGAGAUGAAGGCCUGCCAUCGACACCACCUAAUGCACCAGAUCCUUUUGAAGAGACCACCAACGUCAUACAGCAAACACCAGGCACAGAUUUACAGGUCCCGAAAAUCCCUAAUGUCAGAGAGUUUAAGGUUCCUGCAAUACCCAGGGUAAGUCAGAUGCCAAGUUAUGCCAAAACCACAGCACGAGAACAGCCAAAGAAAUUGCUUGAUGAACCAACUGCAGCAGCAGCAGCAGAGACCAAAACAACACCAACACCUUCAGAAUCAUCAUCCACAACUGAAACAGACAAGAUGGAGGAGGCAGAACAAAAGGAACCAAAAACUGUUGGUCUUCGAAGGGAGGAGUCGUUCCGUAGGAAAUACAAUGCAGCAAUACCGAGGAGCUCUAGGUUAAGAUCAUCUCUGAUUUUCAGCUCUAUGGAGCAGCAGAAUACUUCUCAAGACACCAAAACCGCUCCAGGCCAACAGGAUGAGGAAACUGACAAAAAUGAGGCAGAACAGACAAAACUACCUUUUGUUUCUCAGGUUUUGGGACAAAGAAGGGCUACUGCAAGAGAACCGUUUGAAUGGACCCGUUACAUAAAGUCAGCCACCUUUGAUAGCUCUUCCACAGACCCAUCCAAACAAGAUGAUGGAAACAGUAAAGCAGAUGAUAAAGAUUCACCAAAGGAAGAAAAUUCAAAAAAUCUUUCAGAAGUACAAGAACCAUUAAAAUCGCCAGAUGUAGAGCAAACAAAUUCUUCACCAUCAGUGCCUCAAUCGAAGGCUUCUGAAGCUAAGCUGCCCAAAACUGAUCAACCAUUACAGUCAUCCAAAUCUUUCCUCGCCACUCCAUCCCAUGUAGAUAUGAAUGAUCCUGAGAAGAGGUUCAUGUUUUUCAAAGAAUUGGCAGCAAAACGCAAAGCUGCUAAGGCUGCAGAACCUGAAAAGAGUAAAGAUAAUGCUUCGCUGAAACCAACAACUGAGCUGAAAAACAAUACUACUGUUAUAAAGAAGGAACCUGUACCAAAAGAAACCGCAGAAAAGAAGGCUGACACUUCAACAUCUGAGAGUUUAUUAGAAAAAAAUGCUGCUGCAGAGGAUGCAGGGAAAACAGAAGCAUGCAAGUCAGUCAGUCUGUCUUUAGAUGUCAGUGAUAAGUCAGGACAGGACAGUCAGGUUAUGACUGAUCCCAAAAGCUUUAUACAAGAACAAACCAGCGUUUCAACUGAUUUGGAGGGAACUAAGCUAAAGAAAAGCCAGUCAGCAGUAACUCUGCCUGUCUUGGCAGAAAAAGAAGCACCUCAGAGCAAACCACCAGCAGAGCGAAAGCUGUCAAAUCCUGCUGUAAAAACAAGGAGCCCCAGUCAGCCACCUACACCAACAAAUGCUACUCCUGCUAGUGUUUCUUCUCUUGCAAAAGGCACUAACGGAAGUGAAAGCCCACGCCUUGAUUCUACCUCGAAGGAGUCUAGUUCACUCACUUCCAGUUCAGUGGAGGUAUCACCAUCUUCUACAUCUGCUGCACUGAAUUCUAACAUCCCAAAUCCUAAAUCAGUUCAGUCAGAAACCAGCACAUCCGCUUCUCCACUGCUACCCAAACAACGAGCUGGAACAGAAUUAAGCUCUUCCAAACCAUUGGGCCAAAGUUCUUCCUCUGAUCACAUUCUGCCAGAUUCGGGUUCACAGAUCAGUCCAAGUCCUGCACCAACUUCAGCAGAGACCACACCCUCCAAAGUUACCCAAGCAGACUUGAGCUCAACCCUAACUUCCAGCAAAGGCUCCCCAAAAACAAAGCAGUCUGUCAGCUCCUCAGUGCAAGAACCCUCCCUAAUGACAUCAUCUGAGACCCCUUCAGGAGAUGACUCUGCACAUUUGGAAUCUAAUAUUUCUCCUGACACAUGUGCUGCUGGUUCAGAGAAAAACUUAUCCUCAUUAGAGUCCACGUCAAAGACGGACUCUAAAGAACGUUGUGCUCCUACACCUUCAGAAGAAGAUGUUCCUGCAUCAGAAAACAUCACUCUUCGAAAGGCUGUUGAAGAAGAAUCUGAGCAUUCUGGAUCAUCAAAGGAUGUCAAAGCUGACAGCACACCUCCUAGCCUUAGCACUUCAUUGCCUGAAUCUAAUCUAUGUGAUGUGUCUGAUCUGGAAAGGAAAUCCAAAUCUGAUCGAAAUGAGGCUAUAAAUCCUACUCCCUCCGCAGCAGACACUCCACCCAAGCAGUCUGCAGCAGAAUUAAGCUCUACUGUCCAUCCAGACUUAACUCCUAAUGUUUCCCAGGCAAAAGCAACUGCAUCACCUCAAGAUGCACCAAUACAAGCGACCCCUCCCUCUGAACUUAACCUGAAAGGAUCUGUCACUCCUACUCCUGCUGGAACAGUAUCAUGUUCUCCUCUAACUGUGUCAGUUGGAUCAGUUUUGUCACCUGAGGCUGAAAAAACAUUGUCUGCAUUGCACAGUCAAGAUACUAAUGCUCUUCCCAAACAGAUUCCAAAAGACUCAAAUGAAACUCCACUCCUCCCAUCAGCAGAAUCAUCUAGCUCAGCUGAGCCUACCUCAAAAGUCCCAAAAGAGGCUGAUCUGCCCUGCAAAACACCUGAAUCUGUGAUUUCUAAAACCCAUCCUUCAGAGCCACUCGUACCUGCUAAAACAGUAUCAUGUUCUUCUCCUCUAACUGAGUCAGUUGGGUCAGCUUUGUCUCCUGAGGCUGAAAAAUCAUCAUCUGCAUUGCCCAAUCCCCCAGAUACUAAGUCUCCUCCUAAACAGGUUGCAGCAGACUUAAACAAAACUCCAAAGCUCCCAUCAACAGAAAGGUCCAGCCCAACUGAGCCUACCUCAAAAGUCCCAAAAGAGGUUGAUCUGUCCUGCAAAACACCCGAAUCUGUGACUCCUGAAACCCAUCCUUCAGAGCCACUUGUACCUGCUGAAACAGUGUCAUGUUCUCCUCCAACUGAGUCAGUUGGAUCAGUUUUGUCCCUUGAAGCUGAAAAGUCAUCACCUGAAUUGCACAGCCCCCCAGAUACUAGCUGUCUUCCCAAGCAGAUUGCAACAGACUUAAAUAAAACUCCAAAGCUCCCAUCAACAGAAACGUCUAGCCCAAGUGAGCCUACCUCGAAAGUCCCAUCACAGCCCAAUCUGCCAUGCAAAACACCUGAAUCUGUGACACCUGAAACCCAGCCUUCAGAAUCACACGUAACUGCUGAAAAUAGUAAUAUGGACAGUCAGAAUAAAGUAAGCAAAGAGCCUGAAAAGCCUGACCCUGUUAAGAAAGAAACUGCUGAUACCAAGACCACAAAUGAUUUUAAUAAAGAAACUGAUCUUCAGCUCGUUAAGAAAGAAACUGCUGACACCACGACCACAAAUGAUUUUGAUAAAGAAACUGAGCUCCAGCCUGUUAAGGAAAAAACUGUUGAUACCAAGGACAGAAAUGAGGUUAAUAAAGCCACUACACAGGGAUCGGUCUGCAUUGAGAAAACAAAUGACCAAGUAAAGCAAAAUAAUUGCUCUGAAUCGCCAGAGGUCACAUCAGAUAAAGUAUCUCCCCAGUCACCACAGUCCAAGCAGCCAAAAUCAAGCCAGUCUCGCUAUCAAUCAUCAACAGCCAACGUGCUCUCAAGCAGCAACCUCAGAGACGAUACAAAGCUGCUUCUAGAGCAAAUUUCUGCUAAUAGCCAAAACAGGAACGAAGCUGCCAAAGACUCCCCUGUCACAGAUGAUGAGAAAGAAGACAAAGCUGACAAAAAGCAGGAGAAAGAAAAAGGGAUCAGCUCACUCACCAGAGGGCAGCCUAAGAUAAGUGAAGAUCGUGAGAAGCUGUUAGAGAGGAUUCAGAGCAUGAGGAAGGAGAGGAAAGUUUACAGCCGAUUUGAGAUGGCACCUUAAAUGGGAUCCGAUGAAAGUUGAGAGGAUAAACAGCACACACGGUGUGUGUAGCAAGAAGCAAAGUCAAGUAAAACACUGAGAUGAUGGGGUAGCCAAGUAGCUCACCUGGUAGUGUUUGCGCUCCAUGUACUGAUGCUGAGACCCCCCCACCCACCACCCAUUCUCGUCACUCUUUGUCUGUAGUUUCUAAUAAAGGCAAAAGACCAAAAAAAAGCUGAAAUGAUGACGAAGGCAUUUUAUCACCAAAUAUAUUUAACAGAAAUAGAUUUCUCUAUUUGUAUUCUGCAAACAAGGCAUAUUAUGUGAAGAAGAGGCAGCAAAGCAGUAUCAGUGGCACUGAACUUGAAAGGGCAGAACAUUAAGUAAAAUAACUAAAAAUAUAAACCUGGUGACCAACAAAGGGCUUCUUCCUGUGGGUGAAUCACCAAGAUGUUACCAGUGUAAAAAGUACAUGGACUGAGACUACAUGUGUGAUCAAAUAUGUUUUUUACUGACUGCAUGGGUAAAGUGCAAUGUUUGCAAAAGGGUGCUUCUAUGAUGAGGUCUGUUCUAGCCUUUUUGACAGCCAUUAUUGAUGUUAUCUGGUUUUAAGACAAAAUGUGACAUAAAAGUGUAACAGAUAAUCUUAAGUAGUAGGUGUUUGUACAACUGUAAUAUACUGUAGCUUAUAUUUUAGUAUUUCACAAUCACGUUAAAGAUGUUGAUAAUCACGUGUCUGUGAAACAAGUGGAUAUAUAAAUGUAUAUCCAUGCAGGACUGUUGUUGUUCUGGUGUAAAUAAAUGAUAGCUUUAAAUCUUUGUAAGCUGAAACAAACAUGGAAUUGAUGAAAAAUGAUGAACAAACCUGAGAUUGAAACAGAUCUGCAGCUAAAACAUGAUGUACCUACAAUACGAAUGUGUAGAUGAUUGCACCACACAGUAUGUGAUGUUUUUUUGUUUCUUUUUUUCUAUCAAACUUUGAUUACAACAGGACUCAUAGAGGAUAAAUGUCAGUUUUCCAAGCUGCUUGUAGUGGUCUUAAAGGGUCAGUUCACCCAAAUUAAAUGAGUCAUCCAAAUUAUUUGUAUUUUGAUGAUUUGGGAACAAACAACAUAAGGAAAGAUAUGCUGCUUUUUAAGUGUUUCAAUUGUUGGAUUCCUGUACGGCAACAUUCCACUGGGGCUGAGUGACUCAGACGGGGUUAUGUUUGUAAUUUGCUGGAACUGACCCUUUAACUGUCUCUGAAAAUGAAAAAGAGAAAUUCCAAAACUGCAAAAUAUUUACACAACAAUAUGUAAAACUGUGCUCUGAUAGUUACACUUUUUUAUAAUGGAUCUAUCAAACUGUCUUCAGCAACACUUGCCUUUUGUAAAUAAAAUUUCUUAAAGUGUU